UGCAUCCCCCAGGCCUUUCUUUACUGUUGGGAGAGAUGGAGGCUUAUGUUGGCUGCCUGUGCAUUGGCAGGGGCCUCACAGAGCCGAGUCACCCAUGAGCAGGCAGGAAGAGAAGGAUGCCGAGCUGGACCGGAGGAUAGUUGCCCUUCGAAAGAAGAACCAGGCCUUACUACGUAGGUACCAGGAGAUCCAGGAAGACCGGCGGCAGGCCGAGCAGGGGGGCAUGGCCGUGACCACAGCAGAAUUCCUCCAGCCUGAUGGCCUCACUGUCACUAUCAGCCAGGUUCCCGGUGGGAAGCGGGUGGUCAGCCGGAACUGGGCAAGACCCCUCAGACCUGGAGCAGCUGACGAGAUGCUUGAGGAUGAGGGAGGGGAUGACCACACUGGUGCUUUCUGUCUGGGGGAGCGGGUGGAGCUGGCUGUGACCAUGGAAAACAAAGCCGAGGCCAAGCGGAUCGUGAGUGAGAAGCCCAGCAGAGCAAGGAACCAGGUCGCAGAAGAGUCACGUGGAAGGGGCUUGGGCCAGACCCCCUCCAUGCAGAUGCCCGUCAGCUCGGAUUCUGCACGGAAAGGUACUCGGGAGUCCCAGAGUCCAGGACUGGUCCCAGGCUCGGUUCCUCACUGGCCCAUGGGGGGACCCUUGGAGGUGGGCUGGGACUAUACCCAGUGGAAGCAGGAGCGGGAACAGAUCGACUUGGCUCGUGUGGCCAGGCACAGAGACGCACAGGGUGACUGGCGUCGGCCGUGGGACCUGAACAAGACCAAGCCCACGCUACAGGACUCCAGCAAGCCUCGGGAAGAGGGCCUGGCCAGGGUGGGCGGCACCAGGGGUCCCAGGAGCCACCGGAAAUCACAACCCCCACCACUGUCCCUUGAUGGUAAAGGUGGUACUACUCGGGGUGGGCAACCCAGCAGACCCUCAGUGGUGUCGGCCACACGAAGCAAAGCCCAGGGGACAGAGAGGCUGACCGGCAGGGCCCGCAGGUGGGAAAUGAAGGAAGUCAAGGAGGAGCCGCAGAACCAGGAGGGAAGUCAAAGUACCAGAAAGACCUGGAGCAAGGAGGAACAUUCACAGGAGCAGAGCCCGACGGAGCUGGGCCGACGCACAAGUGCCCCAGCAACUAGCCCAGCCCCAGGAUCCCCAGGGGGCCCAAAAAGGGAAUCAGGAGCCUCCAUAGCCAGUCCAAACCCUAGCUCUCCACAAAACACUGACUUAGUUCCCCUUGACCUUUCUCUUGGAGGGGCCAGUAGCCCUGGGUCUGGGGAGAGUAUGUGUGCACUCACUCUAAGGCCUGGGGCCCAGGAGAACCCAGUGUCCUCGCCACCACCAGAUGGUUCUGAGCAGAUCCUGGGGUGUAAUGACACCCAGGCUGAGCCAGAAGUACAGCCUAGUUCCGAGCCACAGGGAGAAGCAAGGCCCCUAGAGCCCAGAGAAGACAGGUCUGGCAAGGCUGGGGCCCAGCAGGCCUUGGCACCACGAAGCAGGCCGCCCAGAGGAAUGGGCCAAAGGGCAAGGAGCACAAGAGGUAUGAAAAGCAGGACAGGAGGGCCUGGCCCUGCAGGAAGAUGCUGAGUAAAACUCCUGGGAGCACAGGGGCCAGGCUGGGGAGAGGAAGAGGGAAGAACACAGGCGGGAGUCUGGCGUGGGAUGGGUGUGUGGAUGCAGGUGGCUUGUGGCUGUCUGGCUGCACAGCUGGGCAAACUCUCCAUGGGGGGACACUGGGAGGGCAAGGAGCUGUCCUUCCUUACACCUCAUGGGCACAUUCCCUAGGCAUGUACCAUGUAUAGGUGUGUUUGUACCUGCAGGUAAAGGUCUUGGUAUAGUCCUAUGCCACGCCUGGUCUCUGAGACUGGUGAGCCCCGUCUUGGGUCUGUUGCCACCCGGACCACUAACUUCUUCCCUGCCAUGGCAAGGUGAGGCUCAGAUGCACUCAGCACCUGGCACUCCAGGCCUCUCUCACCCCGAGGCCUGGCUUCUCUUUCCACCUGUGGCUUUGGCUCCUUGGGUGUAGGCAGCCUCAGGAGCCAGCAGGCCCAGUCUAGGCCUGGGCUCCUUCCCCUGCCUCUGCCUUGCACCCAGGUGACUCACAGCCCCACACUCCCAGGAUGGUGAAACCAGGGGAACCUCAGCCAUCAGCUGUCAGCCUCUGGCCUUUCUGCAAGAGAAGACCGAGGCUCGAAGAAAGGGAGGCCACAGCAGGUAGGGACUGAGCUGGAGACAGAAGAGCAGAGCCUCCGCCAAAGAGAGAGUCCCUGGGAAGGCCUCCUCUCUAAAACAGCCUGGGGUUGGGUGGGGAGAGGACAGCCUCUUCUCCCACGGAAGGAUGGGAGGGUUCAGAAUCAGGGAUACCCUCCCCCAUACCCAGGCCAGACAUCAAGUAUACCAUCAAGACAGCAUUGAGUCGGUGCAGAGGGCAGCCCAGGGCCAUUUCCUGCCAUCUCCUACUUCCUCUUCCCCGCCAUCCCCCUGCACUACCGGCACACCAAAGCAAGGACUCAGACAAGGGACAGAGAAAGGGGCUCUAUCUAGCUCAGUACAACUUCGGAACUUGUCUUUCCUACUUGGUCUCCGUUCCCUCCCCUCCCCUGAGGCCCACGGCUGGUGAAUUAUUCAGACUCCACACAAGCUGUGGCUUCCUCUCUAUUCAACAAACAUUUCCUGAGCACCCACCAGCAGCAGUGCAGCCGGUGGGCGAUGGUGACUCUGCCAGCAAGAGGGAGGGAGAAACCCAGGCAUCCAGCAGAUCUAGGCGGCACAGCAGGCAACUUUCUUGGCUGUAAGAGCCUGCUAGGAGCUGGAGAUGGUGGUAGGAGCCCAGAGAAUCAUCUCACCUCUGCUUGAAAAGGCAGGUGCCCCUUCCCCUCUCACUACCCAUGAAUCUCCCCAUGUGGCCCCCCUGCUCCCCUCCCCUUUGGCCCUGCCAUGGCUCGUCCUCCCUGCUGGGGGUCCCGGGCCUCCCCAGCCUCUCUGGCUUCUCUAGGGAGUGUCUAUAUCAUCCCCAAGUGUUGUCCUGUCAAAGUGAGGGCUGAACUGUGGGGUCACAGCUUCCUCACGGGCUCCUGCUCUGCCCUCCACCCCUUCUACUCAGGAAGCAUGAGUAGGGGGUGUCUUUUCAGCAGAUCAGUGUGCUCCUUGCGCAUUAAGGUGCAGAGUAAUGCAGAUUCUAAUUCUGUAAGGUCUGUGGUGGGCCUAGAAAUGUGCACUUCUAAUAGGCUCCUGGAGAUACCUAUGCUGCUCGUUCUUGGACCACAGGUUGAGUAGGAAGGGUUUGGGCUAGAAUAUAUGGAGGGCCAGGGGCAGACUGAGGACUUAUUGCUGGCUCUAUCGGGGACCUGGUGAGGGCUGCCCCUGCCAGGUGGGGGCUUCCUGGCUUCAGAGUUGGGUGGGAAGCUGAGGCACCUGGGAAGACACUCUAAGAGGCCAGUGAGUGGGUGAUGCCAACUUCCUGUAGUGGGGAGUGAGGAAGUUGCUUGGGAAUGGGAUGAGGUGAAGGGGGUGGAAGAGGUUGGUAUGGGGUUGGAGGAAUUUUUUUAAAAAAGAUUUU